AUGGAGAAAGUGAAAAAGCUAUCGCCAUUCAGACUCUCCUCUCUACUUCGCCAGCAAAAGGAUCCCAAAAUCGCCCUUCAGCUUUUCCUCAAUCCUAAUCCCAGCCAUGGAACAAACCACACUACUAAACCCAUUCGCUAUUCUCCCGCCAGCUAUGAUCUCAUCAUUUGCAAACUUGGCAGAGCCAAACUCUUCAACGAAAUGGAACAAAUACUCGAUAAAUUAAGGCAUGACACUCGUAUUUCUCCUAAAGAAGUCAUUUUCUGCAAUGUUAUUUCAUUCUACGGAAGAGCCCAUUUACCCGAGAAGGCUCUACAUAUGUUCACUGAAAUACCUUCUUUUCGCUCCCCAAGAAGUAUAAAAUCUGUGAAUAGCUUGUUGAAUGCACUUUUAGUUAGUAAAGAGUAUGCAAAGAUUGGUGAAAUAUUGAAGAACUUUGAAAGUUAUGGAACCCCAGAUGUUUGUACGUUUAAUAUACUGAUGAAUGCGAGCUGUUUGUGUGGCGAUUUGGAUAGGGCCCGCGAAGCGUUCGAUGAAAUGCAAAAGAGAGGAGUUCAGCCAAAUGUGGUCACUUUUGGAACGCUGAUUAAUGGCCUUUGCGUGAACCAUGAGUUGAACGAGGCGUUUAGGGUGAAAAAGAUAAUGGAGAGAGAUUUCAAAUUGAAGCCUAAUGCUUUUGUGUAUGUCGCGUUGAUGAAAGGACUUUGUAUGGUAGAUAAUUUGGAGUCAGCUGUUAAGCUGAAGGAGGAGAUGUUGAAAAAGAAAGUGGAGUUGGAUUCAGCUGUGUAUUCUACUUUGAUUAGUGCAUAUUUCAGGGUCGGUCGAAAGGAAGAAGUAUAUGGUUUGUUGACAGAGAUGGAAAAGAAUGGUUGCAAAUGUGACACAGUUACUUUCAAUGCAUUAAUGCAUGGUUAUUGUCAGGAGAAAGAUUUCGAUUCCGCAUUUAGUGUUCUGGAUGAGAUGGAAGGGAAGGGGUGUAAACCCGAUGUAGUUAGUUGCAAUGUGAUACUUCGGGGCCUUUGUAAUGAUGGGAAAUUGAGAGAAGCAAGUGAACUAUUGGAUGAUAUGCCGAGACGAAGGUGUAAACCUGAUGUGGUUAGUUAUAGGAUAUAUUUCGAUGGGCUAUGUAAAGCGAUGCAGUUUAAGGAAGCUGCAGUUAUUUUUGAUGAGAUGAUUUUCAAAGGAUAUAUUCCUCCUGAUACAAGUUUAAAUAAAUUAUUCCACGGUCUAAUUCAAGAAGGAGAUCAGGAAUCAUUGCUGAGAGCUCUCAAUAAAAUGGCCUCUGUAAAUCGUAUUAGUCAAGAAGUGUGGGAAAUGAUGAUUUCGAUGAUGUGCCAACAAGAUAACUUGACUAAUGCAUCUGGUCUUGUAGGCACGCUAAUGAUGGAGUAA